AUGAGGAUGCGGGAAAGAAAUCCUAUAAAAACCGAUGAGCAGGCGUUGAAAGUUCAACACGUAAAAAAUGAAGAGAAGAAGACAACCAAAAAAUGGAAAGGGAAACAUGGUAAAGGGAAGUGGAGAAAAGAUAGGAACAAAGAUGACCAGAAUGAGUCUUCAACAAAGGAGGAAGGCAAAUCUGAGAAGAAUUUCCACAAGAAGGACAAGAGGAAUAUUGAGUGUUUUAAUUGUCAUAGGUAUGGGCAUUACACUGGUGAGUGUUAUGUUGAAAAGGAAGAACAGAAGAAGAGUCAAGGAAAGGAGGCAUACGCAGCUCAAGUGGAGUCUGAUUCAGAAGAAUCCAUCAUAUUGAUGACAACUACAUCUAAAGUAAGUUCACAUUCUCAAGAUAAACUUUGGUAUUUGGAUUCGAUAUGUUCGAAUCAUAUGACUUGCCACAGAGAAUGGUUGGUAAAUUUUGAUAAAACCAAGAAGAGUAAGGUGAAAUUUGUUGAUGACAACACUUCAAAGGUAGAGGGAGUUGGUGAUGUUGUUAUCAGAAGGAAGAAUGGCUUGCGUGCCAUUCUAACUGGUGUGUUGUUUGUGCCUGCAAUAAGGUACAAUCUUCUGAGUAUUGGACAGUUAAUUCAAAAGGGUUUUACGGUAGUAAUGGGAGGCUUCAAUAAGGUUGAAGUGUUUGAUAAAAAGAAAAACCUGAUCUUGAGGAGCAAGAUCUCGAAGGAUAAAACAUUUCAGAUCAACCUAGUGAAGUCUGCAAUGUGUGAAGAAUUGGCAAGAUGA